AUGGAAAAAGACGGUACUAGCCCUCUUUCACCCGUCCUGCCUAAGAUGGAAAAAGACGGUACUAGCCCUCUUUCGCCCGUCCUGCCUAAGGCAAGUGGAGAAGGACUACCAUAUGCUCCUGUGGAUUGGCCGAGUCCUGGUGAUAUUUGGACCUGGAAAGUGGGGAAUAAAAUCAGUUCGUCCGGCUUGUUCAUGCAUAGGUUCUUGAUUGUUCCCAAGCGGCUUCAGAAAAACUCGUCUCGGAAAAUAUGGCUCGGCAGCAAGAAAGCUGUUAUUCAUUUUCUUCAGUCUGAAUUUCCUGAGGCGGAUGUCGAGAAAUUUUUCGCUUCGUUCACUUGGGAAAUCCCUGCUGAAGUACAGACCGCAAGAAAAGAUAAAAAAAGAUCUUCAAGGAAAAGGCCUUCAAUGACAGACACACCUGCAAAAGAAGUCGAAACCGGAAGUCAAAUCUCAAAACGAACACGGAGAAAAUCCGCCAAAACUUCCAUCCAAUUUCCACCCAUUGUCGACAACACAGCCUCCUCGACAGACAUGCGUAUGCUCGAGUACGUCCCCCAUGAAUUAUCAACAGACAACUUAAUUUCAAAUACUACCGAUAACCCAAAUAGCCAGCCCGAUAUCUCCACCAGCCCAGCAAAAGAAGCCCCGGUCCAACCCGAACUCAACCUCUUGCCUCAGGGCUCUCGAUCCCUAGCCGACUAUCUAGCUGAGAUGACUCAGGACGACUUUGAAUUUUAUCUAAAUUCCCUCGACGACAUUUUAUCUGAUUCCGCCCCCAAAGGCCCGAACCCAUCAUCAUCAGACCCACUGCAAACGGAUGACUUCACCAAAGCCCGGCACGAGCUCUCAUCCCUCCUGGCCAUGGGCUUCUCGAGCCUAAUCUGCUCGGACAGGCUUCCCGAAAUUACGAAUUUGACCCUCAAACUCCAGCUUGAUCCGAACCUGACUCCAGAGGAACUCUCGAUGCUGAACCUCGUGCGGGAAAUCCCACCGGCUGGUAAAGACUUUCUGGAUGCCCGUCGAGUGGCCGAGCAAGCCAAUAACUUUUUCUCUGAGCUGCGGACCAAGAGAUCGCGCAUCAAAGAGCGUAAGAACGAGUUCAUACAGUCCAAGGGUAAAAUCGCCCUUUUGCAGGCGGAGGAGGAGUCGGCCUCUGCCGUCAUUCGGGAGAUAGACGAGCAGAUCGCUGUGCUGCAGUCCCGACGCGCGGUGCUGGCUGCAGUUGUUAAGACGAAUGAGAAAAGGAUUGCGGACCUUGUGUCCAAGCAGAAAGGGGUGCUUGAUAGUGUGCCGAGGAUCGUGAAUGAUGUCCAGGUAGCGAACUCAGAGAGGUCCAUGUGGGAGUCGAAGAGGAAGGAGGCGGCUAGGAAGGAGAAAGAGAUUCUAGCUAAAUUUGGUCCCGUUAAUGGCUUCUCAUUCGUUCGUUGA